AUGCGAUCCAAAAAAGGCCACAUAGUCUCCGUGGCCGAGGCGGCCGAGACCAAAAGGAAGAUGGAUCGGCUCUUCUGGAUGCGCGUGGUUCUUUCCGUGAUUGCCGGGGCGUCUGCCACAUUCCUGUUCGAGUCCAUUGAGGAUGUAGAGGAGAAGAGGUGGACCUCCAUCGGGUUUAUGAUAGCGGUGUUCAUCGUGUCGGUGAUCAUUGCCAAGAGCAUGAAGAUCCGGCUUCACUCUGGCAGAAAGAAGCUGAUAACAAACGGCCUUGGCAGCUUUGUGUUCCUCUACCUGUUUGUGUGGAUUGUCACGUACACGCUUGUGAACUCUGGAUCCGGCGGCGGCUUUGUCACGCCUGUCAUAUAG